GAGGGGCGGCCGCGAGUGCGGAGCGCCGGAGCCUGUCGGGGUGCGGGGCCCGCCUGCCGCCGAGCUGCUUUCCCGUCGGUGCUCGGCGGGCUGGCCGGGGCCGGAUCAGACCAGACCAGACCGGAUAAGGCGGGGGCAGGACGGAGGGGCUGUCCUUGAGAGCGGACGUGUUUCCUGCCCACAGGGAGGCUGCCGAGCAUGGAGUUCCCGUGCCCCCUGGAGUCCGCCAAGUUUAUAGCCGCCCAUAGCAAAGAUGUGUCUGUGGACGAGGAGGAGGUGCGGCGGGUGGCGGAGAGUUUGUUUGACAAAGCCUCGGCGGAGGAGUUCGGGUUGGCGGGGUGGAAGACCCUCCACGAGCUGAACCCCCAGGCCGCCAGCGAGGAGGCCGUGAGCUGGGUGUUCCUUGUGGACACCCUCAACUUCUCCUUCUGGUCCGAGCAGGAGGAGCAGAAGUACCUGGUGAAGUACAAGGGUAGAACGUACAGCGGCUACUGGUCCCUCUGUGCCGCCGUCAACAGGGCCCUUGACGACGGAAUACCUAUUACCAGUGCCUCAUAUUUUGCCACUAUGACGCUUGACCAAGUUAAGCAAGUAUUUCGCUCUGACACAGAAGUGCCCAUACCUUUGAUUGAAGAAAGACAUCGGGUGUUGAAUGAAAGUGGAACAGUACUAUUAGAGAAGUUUGGAGGCUCCUUCCUCACCUGUGUUAAAAAGAGUGAGAAAAGUGCUCAGAAACUACUACAUCUAGUACUGGAGAAUUUUCCUUCUUACAGAGAUGAAGCUGUAUUUGAGAAAAAAAAGGUGUCUUUCUACAAACGGGCUCAAAUACUUGUGGCUGAUACAUGGAGUGUAUUAGAAGGCAAAGGAGAUGGCUCUUUUGAUGACAUUUCUACUCUGACUAUAUUUGCUGACUACAGAAUCCCUCAAGUUCUUGUUCACUUAAAAGCAAUGAAGUAUUCUGAAGAACUAAUGAAGAAACUACGUGAAGGAACAAUUUUCCAAUCAGGAGAUAAAGAGGAAGUAGAGAUCCGUGGCUGUUCCAUUUGGUGUUGUUCAUUGAUUUGUGAGCACCUGCUGAAGCUCUAUGAGAAGAAGGGUCAGGACAUGCGUGAAAAGAUCAAUGCAGUUUUACUCGAUUAUCAUCUUUGGGAUUACGCGAGGGAUCAUAGGGAGGAGAUGAAAGAUACUCCAUUUCACCGCGUACGGUGUAUAUAUUACUAAGUCCAGUCUGACAGCUGUAGCAUCGAUGCUUUAUCUUUUGAAUCACAUUAGUCUUUUCAUAUGAUGGUUUGUCACGUACACCUUUGGAACUGUUAAAUGAUUUUCUGAUGAUGUAUUCGCUACUUGCUUUUUUUUUUUUCCUCUGAAUCUUUCUGUUGUGGUGACAAACUGUGC